AAACAGCCACAAAAAGUAUAGCUGAGAACUCUCUUGGCAAGUAGUGUGGCCUGCAGUUUAUCACAAUAUACUCAACUUCAGGCGAGCAAAAUCUAGAGACUUCCUUAGAUUUCGUGCACCGGCGGUUGAAUUUUACAAAUAUGUGCUGUUCUAUCCUACCGGUGCAGCCUGUAUCCCGCUAGCUGAAUAUCCAUGUCGUCAUUCAGCCACGAUUCCGUGAAGCAUAAGACAUUACAGUUUUUGAUAUCCAGUUGGUAGGAUACGUCUGUGUUUGCGCAGCCCUCCAGUGUGAUCGACGCGGGCCGUCCUCUGACUCUGACCUGCAGCAGCCAGGCCAACCCUGCGGUGGACAACUACACGUGGUUCAGGAUCAAUGCGGCUGACGCCUGGGUAACGCGAUCGGGCCCAAGCUACACCUUCGCUGAGGUCAGCCCCGGGGAGAGCGGCCAGUACUACUGCAAGGCACGCAUCCGUGUCCACAGCUCGCCUGUCCUCACUGUCAGAGUCAGAGAGGCCAUCGGUGACAGCUGACACACUGUUCUACGAGUCAGUCCAACAGACCUUUCAGUUGAGGACUGGCAAGUUGUCCGACAUCCCGGAGGAGCCAGAGGAGGUGUGUGAGAGGGCCGAUCCCUCCAUCGUACCCCUGAAGGAUGCUCCACCCUGCACAGAGGCAGACAGCAUCCUCAACUACAACACUGUGCAUUACUCCAGGAUCCCCAGUUGCAGUUUGAUGCGAUGUGGCCCUUUGAAACAACCAGUGUGAUUACUCUCAAGUUGCCAGAUGACAUUCAACGAUACAACACCAUAGCUCCAUGUGCCUUAAGAGGGUCAUCAGUGGUGUUUGGAUGCACUUACGCCUAACCUCAGACCAGACUAUAACAAAUACCUUGAAGUUCUGGAGUCAAGAGUGGGACAACUAUCUUUGUCUGGCCCCGGAAUACAGAGGGGCUGACAGCUGAAGUUAACCCUGCCACUGUGAGAGAGAGAGAGAGAAGGUGACACUAACAUGUGACACAACCUGUACACUGAGUGACCAUCCCACUAUUGUCUGGUUCAGGGAUGGACACUCAGUACACAACACAGAGAUUCUGGUAGAUACCGAUGUGCUGUUCAAGGUCAAGAUCUUCUCUCCUCUGCUCCAGUGUCUCUUGAUGUCCAAUGUGAGUUAAUACCUGAUCUAAUUAACAUGAGCGCAUCAUAUUAUUUGACUCAUAUUGGAGCAGCUACCUGGGUUCAAAACUCAGCACAGGAUGUGCUGCUUCUGAAAUGUGUUAACUUAAUUGCAUUAUAAGGUCAAUAAAAGGGAUGUUAUUAUUUUCUGUAAAGAUAGUAGGAUUUUGGAAGAAGUAUGUUGAUAGCAUAGUGUUCUCACAUAUAACAGACCUUGUCUGUUUGUUGUGAAUGUCAAUGUGCCUGAAAGCAAAUUUGAAUUUGCCAUGACACAUGGCAGUGUCUAUUUGCUGAGGGUGACUGUGUGUUUGCAUUGUGGUUACCUUUAGGGGAAGUUAAGCAGUUUGGGCUAGACUGUUGUUAACUGACUUGCCUAGUUACAGAAAGGUUAAAUGAAAUAAAUAAAACAUGUUACUGUGACCCCCUUAAAUACAAUAUAAUAUAUCAAUUGUAUGGUAACAGGAAGGGAAAUAGCACCAAAAGGCUCAACAGACAAGACAUUCUCAGCCCAACUUCUGCAUUGUGGUUGUGACAUGGUUAUUAUCACACCUCUCCAUGGUAUUUAUUUGCAUGGUCAUUUGCUGAUCAGUCUCUCUGGACACAUUCUGCAGGAGGAGCCCCGUGGUGUUUUUAUUGAAGUGUUGCAGUUGCUGCAAUGUGGCUCUUUGAAACAACCAGUGUGAUAAUGAUGAUUACUCUCACGUCGCCAGGUGAUUGUGAGAGAGAUUGGAUGGUGACUUUCAACGACACAGAUCCAUGUGCCUUAAAAGGGUCAUCAGUGGUGUUUGGAUGCAGUUAUGACUACCCCUCAGGCCAGACUGUAACAAAUACCUUCUGGAAGUUCAAGACUCAAAAGGAAGACACAAAUUUCUUUGAGGCCCAGCAAUACAGAGAACGUGUUGAAUACCUUGGAAAUGAAAAACACAACUGCACCUUGAGAAUGAAUAACCUAAUUAGUAGUGAUGCAAAUUCCUAUCUCUUCAGAUUUAAGACAGUUAAUAAUGCAUGGAGCAGUAAAACAUCAGUUUCACUAACUCUGACAGGGCUGACAGCUGAAGUAAACCCUGCCACUGUGAGAGAGGGAGAGAAGGUGACACUAAAAUGUAGCACAACCUGUACACUGAGUGACCGUCCCACUAUUGUCUGGUUCAGGGAUGGACAAGCAGUAUCAAAAACAGAGUUUCAGGCAAAUAGUGAGGAUUCUGGUAUAUACCGAUGUGCUGUUCAAGGUCAAUAUAAUCUCUCCUCUGCUCCAGUGUCUCUUGAUGUCCAAUAUGCUCCAAAGAAUGUCACAUUGUCGGUCCGUCCAUCUGGAGAUGUUACUAAGGGUGACUCAGUCACUCUCAACUGCAGCUGCAGUGCAAACCCCCCCAUGUUGAACUACAUCCUGUAUAAGGAGAGUGGACAGGGCUCCACCACUGUGGCCAGGUGGCAGACUCACACCUUUUCUGACAUCCAGCCAGGGGACAGUGGAUGGUACUACUGUAAUGCCAGCAACAGUAUCAACACAGUCAGAUCUAAUCUAACUAACCUCAAUGUUCAAUACCCUCCUGAGGACACCUCUGUGUCAGUCAGUCCCUCUGGUCCAGUGGUAGAGGGAAGCUUUGUGAAUCUGACCUGUAGCAGCCAUGCUAACCCAGCAGUGAGCUACACCUGGUACAGAGUCAAUGGGAAAAGCCCUAUCCAGUCAGGGACUCAGUUGAUACUUGAGAAGGUCUCUCCUGCUAACUCAGGGAGGUAUUACUGUAAGGCACAGAACAAACAUGGAGCCCUCAACUCAUCACUCCUGUUUCUUGAUGUUCUGUAUCCCCCAAGGAACACCUUGGUAUCAAUCAGUCUCUCUGUCCCACUGUUAGAGGGAAGUUCUGUGAACCUGACCUGCAGCAGCCAAGCCAACCCAGCAGUGGAGAACUACACCUGGUUUAAGGAGGAUGGAACAGACACCUCACAGACAGGGUCAGGAGAUGUGUUGGCAUUGACCUCUCUAACCUCCUCUGACAGUGGACAGUACUUCUGUGAGGCCAGGAACAGAGAAGGGGCUCACAAGUCUAACGAGGUGUCUCUGAUCAUACAGGGUGCCAAUCAUGCUACAAAUACUUUCCAAAUAACAGUUUACAUUGGUUCCGCGGCCACAGUUUUCACGGUGAUCGUACUUCUUGUGUUCUUAUGGAUGUGGAAGAUCCCGUGCAAAUUAUGGCAAAGGACUGCUGUGGACAUAGAGGACGAUCAAAACUCAGUCUUAUCCAGAAAAAGGACCAGUAAUGACCCAGCCACACAGGAAACUAGAACAGAGGAACAGGAAAAUGCCCUCUAUGCCAACGUUCAACUGCCUCCCUCUCACACCCACCACCAAGACAGUUCUCUGUACUCUGUGGUCGAGCCACCAGCUCUGCAGAACCCUCCUGAACCUCAUUACGCUACCUUUGACUUCCAGCAGUUCCGCAGCUCCAUCGACGGGGCCCAAUUCUCCAGAUGCCAUAAAGAGGAUGAUGUUAUAUACUCCACAGUGAAAGCCAUAAAGGCCAACGUGACAGACAACCUCCAGUACGCCAGCAUCCAUUUCCCCCUCCCCAGUCCUACUACCAGGCUGGAAGAAAGUUUAGAGGUGGACCAUUCUGUUAUCUACUCCACUGUUGCCAAACCAGAAGCCUGAACAUAUCCUUUCAUAAUGUUGAAUAAACUAAGCUGCAUUGGAACGCAAGUUAAGAUAUGUAAAGUGUGCAAUUAAUAAGUCGUUAUGGUAAUAGAGUUACAGUGCCUUCGGAAAGAAUUCAGACCCCUUGACUUUUUCCACAUUUUGUUACGUUAUAGACGUUAUUCUAAAAUGGGUUAAAUACAUACAAAUUCUCAGCAAUCUACACACA